AUGGCCGGCCCCCGACUUACUGGUCCCCGCCUCACUGGUCCUGUCAAGAGGCUCGCCCGUUCAAUCACAACUACACAUUCGGGUGUAGUGCCUCAAGCGACAACCCUCAUCACUUCAUCAAGAGCCGCGGCGCCUCUAUCACAUAAAUAUGCAGAGCUCCUGAAGGAGAGGCAUCACGAGGGUGAUCACUCUCGUCACAUCUAUACUCGCUCGGCUAACCGCCCGCAUCCUGCACCCCGGCGCAUGCGUCUGAUGCAAACGUUCACGUCCUCAGCUUCCCGGCCGGCUCCAUCGGAUCCCAGCUCGAUUGAUUUCAUGGUUCUUCCCGGCUUGCAGGAGGCACAUUCGGACUCUACCGCCGGUCUUCGCGUUCCUAUCCUGCCAGAUAACUACCUCGUGCAUCACGCUACCCCCGAAGUUGUCUCGGAGCCUGUUCUUCAGGGACAGAUCAACGUCAUUGCCGCAAACCCUGAGAACGUUUCUGUUGCAGCUUUGACCGAGGUAGAGGGUAUGACCUUGGAUGGUGUUGAACUCAAAUGGGCACAUGAAAACGAAAAGCAAGAACCGGAGCAAGGCAUGCUCAAGGAUCUUUGGAAAGGUCUCGUCGACGACGUUUUUGGAGGUGCCAGUAAAGGCAAACUUGCUGUCUAG